AUGUUCGCACGCGGGACAUUCUCAAACCCGCACCCGGCGGGGCCAUCGAACAAGACGUGGCGCAAAAAGUUAAGUUUCGGCAAGAAGCUCAAGAAGCAGUCAGUAUACCCCUUGAUGUCGUCCGAAUCCAUCGCACUGACCGAGUCACCAGCCCGGCCUCGAAGCCUCCGAAAGGCGGCGCAAGUCCCUUCCAGUCGCUGCCGCGAGAGCUCCGCGACAAGAUCUACUACUGCGUCUUCGACAAUGAGCCUCCCCACCCAAAAGACUGCUUUUCCUCGUUCAAACAGAACAUGCCGAAGCGCCCCAUGAUGGCACAGGCUUGCAGGAAGGUUCGGAAAGAGAUGGAGGAGGUCUACUACAAGCGCGGUGAGUUUACCCAGUACAUCGUCUACGGCAGCUUCCUAUUCGCGAGCGUUUCCACGACUGCCAUCAAAGAGUGGCUGGAGGAGAUUGGUGAGUCGAAUGCCGCAAAGAUCAAUUCUUUGUCCGUCAAGUUCUUCACGAGUCGCUCCUGGGCAAGAGAGCAGAGCAGCGAGCAGGUGGUAACUCGGGUUGCCGAGAAGUUCGGACUGCCGGUAUCCGACAUCAACAAGAGCCACUUCUUCAAGGUACUGGGGUUCGAGAACACCAAUCUGCGCGAAGAUGCGCUGCAGGUCUUGUGUCUUGACGAGAACAAGGACUGGGUCGACCCGAUCGAGGCCGUGAAAAAGAAAAAGGGUCUUUAG